AUGGAGCUAUCGCCGGUUCCUACGCAUUACUCUGUAGUCACCGAUGGGAGCCAUCAUGGAGGCCCAUAUCAACAACAUAAACGUGCCCUAGUGUGUUCCACUUGCAAUGUACAUCCGAGGCAGGGCUUCAGUGUCCCGGACAAGGCUGUCACGGAUGCCCCAAACACGGCGGCACCGGCCCCGACAACGGCACCGAAUGCCUCAGCGACCCCUGGCGGUGGCUCGACUCCCUCUACCACGACGGCAGAUCCCAAGAAGCCGGCGGCGGCCAAGGGGAAGGCUAAGGCAAAGGCCAACCCCAAGGCCACCUGGGACGUCCGUAAGGCGAAGCUCUCAACGCUGGAUUCUACUCCCUUCCCUUUGGUCGAUCGGCCCGAGACGAAACGACUGUUGGAAACAGCCGUGCUCGGCAAGGCUGGAGCUCACGCAAAGCUGGCCGUGCAACUCCGGGGACACAGUGCUUCGGAACGUGCCUUGGAUGACCUCGCCAAAGCAAAGGAUGCAUUGGAAGCAGCAUACGAGGACGUGAAAAACGUGCCGCAAGAUGCCGAAGAGAACAUCUGGAGCGAUGCCAUGAAGGCCUGUGCUCGGAUGUACAUCUACUAUGGCAGCAAGGAGGACGUGACUUUGCCCGCAGCUGUGCCCGAAGUGUGGCGAAAACGGAUCAGGAUUGAGCUGCUGAUCGUCGAUCGGGUGCACAUCCUGAGCCUGGCGAUGAUGGUAAUGAUGAGAUUGAAGAGAGCAGCCAAGAAGCUCUUCCAACGUGCGGUCAGGAAGAAGCCUCGACCCACCGUUGAUCUUCGCGAUGUGCCCGCUCAUUUGACAAAUGACUGGCAUGGUUAUUCCAGGCUGGAGCAUAUUGCAGAAACUCCUAUGGCCAGCACUGUGCUCAAUGGGUUAAACAAGAAAGGUGCUGAUAUCAACUGGCUUUGUCGGGAUGUUUGUGGUGCUGCGGUGAAAGAAGGGUCCAAGUUUUUUUCAGACACGUGUCAUGUCUACGAUACCAUCAGAAGAUGCAUUCCACCGGAAGUUGAGAAAAGAGCUGCCAACGGUGGAUAUGGUGACAUUGCCGGUGCAAGUUCGCAAGACACCAUGAUGACCCGCCUGGCAAUGUGUGCCAUUCCGGGGCAUCUUCUUGUUUCCCGGGCCAAGUUCCCAAAGGCUACCACCACUGUGGACGCAAUUAUGAAGCUGCUGGCAGCCGAUCUGGAGUUUUGCCAGACGAUGAAGAAUCUUGCCGUGCCGCCUCCCAUCGUGGAUUUGCCAGGGUUCUCGAACGCCCUAAUCUUCGACGAUACGCUUCAUGUGGCCUGGCGAGGGUUUGCAGCGGAUUUCCUGGCAAGCUCUCUUAUCAACAUAUUUGGAAAAGGGGCGGCUCUUCAGAAGGCUUGCGACAUGGCCGGGCUGCGGGCCAAAGCUCGAGGAUAUUCGCUUUCCAUCGAUGAAUUCAGUCUAUCCGAAGAGCGAUUUUCUUCCUUGAAUGCCAAGGGAUAUGAAAUCAAACUGUUGUGUGUCUGGCUGGCAGCAUGA